CUCCAGACAGUCGCCAACAACCCAGACAGCCAGCCAACUAUCCUGGCAGUCGACAAACUUCUCCAACACCCAUCCAAGUAUCCAGGCAGUCGCUCGAUAGCGACCCUUUACAAUGCCUCAAAAUGAAUAUAUGGACCGCUGGAGGAAACUCCACGGAAGAAGACUCGAUCACGAGGAGAAGACACGCAAGAGAGCAGCCAGAGAGGGCAAGAAGCAGUCGCAGGAUGCGCAGAACUUGACUGGUCUUCGCGCGAAGUUAUACCAGAAGAAGAGGCAUCAUGAGAAGAUCCAGAUGAAGAAGCAGAUCAAGGCGCACGAGGAACGUAAUGUCAAGUCUUCGGCACCAAAUGAGCCUUCCAACACGCCUCUCCCACAAUAUCUUCUCGACAGAUCGAAUCCUACAAACGCGAAGGCUCUGAGCAGCUCGAUUAAAAACAAGCGGAAGGAGAAGGCGGCCAAGUUCAGCGUGCCGUUACCAAAGGUCAGGGGUAUCGCCGAGGAGGAGAUGUUCAAGGUUGUCAAGACCGGAAAGAAGACUAACAAGAAGGGAUGGAAGCGUAUGAUCACCAAGCCGACAUUCGUCGGACCAGAUUUCACCAGACGCCCGGUGAAAUACGAGAGGUUCAUCCGCCCUAUGGGUCUGAGAUACAAGAAGGCGAAUGUUACUCACCCGGAACUUGGUGUCACCGUUCAGCUACCUAUCAUCAGCGUCAAGAAGAACCCGCAAAACCCUAUGUACACUCAGCUGGGUGUUUUGACGAAGGGUACGGUUAUCGAGGUGAAUGUUAGCGAGUUGGGAUUGGUCACGACCGGUGGUAAGGUGGUGUGGGGAAGAUAUGCGCAGAUCAUGAACCACUGCGAGAAUGAUGGGUGUGUUAACGCUGUACUCCUGGUUUAGAAGCGGUGUCUAUAAUAGAACUGAAUUUAAAAUAAAAGCGGAUAGCUUUGGAGGGGCGUUUAGUUUUCAAAAAUUAUGUGUUUAACAUCGGAGCUAAAUAGGCGUCUACGAACCA